UUUGAAAAGAAUAUGGCCGUGUUAGGGCCGUGUGUGAGUGUAAAUAUGAAUGGGCACAAUAAUAUUCAUAGCCAGCUAACAAAAUCUCUAGAAAGAAUUUUAGAAGAUGCUUACUUAAGUGGUGAAUUAAAACUUAGUGGACGCAAGUUGAGGGAGUUUCCGAAACCAGUGAAAUAUGACUUGAGUGAUACAGUUAUUGCAGAUUUGUCCAAAAACCGAUUCAGCGAUUUGCCGGAAGAACUUACGACAUACAUAUAUUUGGAGAAAUUGCUGCUCUCACAAAAUAUAAUCAGAAACGUGCCGGAAGCGGUCGGGAAUCUGCAAUCCCUUACGUAUUUAGAUCUCAGUUCGAACCAGCUUACGGAAUUACCUCGCGAAGUAUGCCAAAUGCCACUGCAAGUUUUGCUCCUACAAGACAAUAUACUAUCGACGUUGCCCAAGGAGGUUGGCAAGAUGUCGACGCUGGCAGAGCUGGACGCGUCCAAUAACAGGCUGACGCAAGUGCCUAUGACCCUGGGCGACUGCGCCGGUCUGCGGUCGCUGGACCUGAGCAAUAACCAGCUGGGGCUUCUGCCGCUGCAGAUCACAUACCUCCGGCUGGAGUACCUGGACGUUAGCUGCAACUGCAUAUCUUCAUUACCCCUGGAACUACGCAACAUGACUACUCUCAUCACCCUUAAUCUGGACAACAAUCCACUAGUCUCCCCACCUACUACGAUAUGCAUGCGCGGGCGCGUGCACAUAUUCAAAUACCUCGAAAACAUGGCGAGCAAAGACAACCUACCAGCGCACAGGCGCGUCGAAGAGACCAAACGGACCGCCAAACACAGUUCUUACAUUGGUAGCCCGCCACAGAACCAUCAGAUCUCAUCGGGAAACGCAACCAUAGACUGUUUGAGACACAAGCCGCGCCAUGUUGUGGAUAGCGGGUACAGCACUGAUGGUGUCGACAAGAGGUGGUCUAACGAUGCAGGCGGCGAGGCGGGGGGCGGGUCGGGGCGGUCGACGCCGAGCACGCCGAGUACUCUGUCGCCGGGCGCGGCGCUGUCGCGCGCCACCUCGCUCUCCAGCGACACCCCGCUCGCGACACACACGCCACACCACGCGGGCCCCCGUAUCUCACCUGAAGGGACCUUUUCGAAUGGCGAUGAUAAGAGUAAUCUAGCUCAUCAACAAACCUACAGACAAUACAAAGAAGCUUUAAGACAGCAGCGACAACAAGACAUAUACCGCCCCCGCACGGACCAGUCGUCACCAGAACUCGACUCCUCUCCACAAUCACAGAACCAGAGUCCGGUCCACUCCACAUCCACCCCUCACUCCCCAGUCAACGGUUACAGUAACGUAUCCUCUUAUAACAGAUCCUUAUCUUCCAACUCCACUAUUACCUCAUCUCCUAACUCCUCACAAGUGCCAAACUCCCCCCUUUUACAUUCAACACCUAGAAGGUUCCAACAGAACGGGAACAUAGAGAAAGAAGAAAACAAACGACCAGUACAGAAAGUGGUGCCAUCUAGGAACGUAAACAAGACAUACGCAAACGGGAACAUAGAAUAUAACAGGGUCAACGGCGACAUGUAUAUAAAACCGACGUCUCCAACCAAAUCGCCGACAAAUACAUUAGGGUAUAACAGUAUCGGAAAGUCCAAUAUACCGAGGGUGAAUGGAGACAGUGCAAAGUUACUAACGACAUCUAUGUCGUAUUUGAAAGGUGCCGCGCCGAAACCUCCGGGCAUUUCCAAGAUGGCGUGGAACAAGGACGCAGUGCCAGAUAAAUUAAGCUUUACUAUGAAGAGGGAGUUUGAUAAGCAGAAGGAGGAAGAGGACCUGUUACUUCAGCUGAGGACGAUAAUCGAGAGUCGGCUAAAGCUGUCGCUGCCCAGCCAGCUGGCGCCGGUGCUGGCGGACGGCGUGGUGCUGUGUCACCUGGCGAACCAUGUGCGGCCGCGCUCCGUGGCUUCCGUGCACGUACCUUCGGCGGCUCAGCCCAAACUCACAAUGGCGCGAUGCAGACGAAACGUCGACAACUUCUUAGAGGCGUGCCGGAAAAUUGGCGUCGAAGAGGAAGCCAUCUGUACCGCCGAAGACAUUCUGUCGCUCGACGCGGACGAAGGCGCGGGCGCGGGCGCGCUGCUGCGCUCGGUGCGCGCGCUCGCCUCACACGCCACUCCACUCCGCUCGCGAAACAAUAUCAGAUCCGAUCUAACGCUCGCGGUCGACGUCGACAACGAAAUCGAAGUCAACUACUACAAGCAACAGCUCCGACGAUACUCAGAAGAAAGAUACGUGAGCAAUUUCAACUUCGCCAACAUCGACGAAGCUGAGGAGUAUAUGAAUUAUGAAAAUAACAACACGGAACGAUACUCGCCUGUGUACGAUGAAGGAUUAAGAAAUAGAUGUUAUCAACAAAAUAGAGUGCAAUUCGUCACGCCGUAUUACAAUGUGCUGAAGAGUGAUAAUUUUGAGAUUUACGACACAGAUGAAGUCGACGCGCCUAUAGAAUUACGGCAACAAGUCAUUGUAGAGAAGUACGAUAGAGGGAGGAUGAAUCUCGAUAUACAGUUGAACCAUAACAGGGAUUUGAAUGCAGAGACUGAAAUCGCGAAAGGAAAUGAUAAAACAGUAUUUUAUACUUGUCUAUGUUUGAGCACUUUUGUCGUGUCUACGAUUUUACUAAUUCUAUACCCUUUGUAAAGUGUAUUGUGAAUUUUCUACACGGGCAUGCACUGAUUGUAUGAAUUUGUAGCAGGAUUUAAUACAAAUUAGUUAUUUUCAUGCUGUUUUUAGGAAAAUGUGAGGCUAUUUGAAGUGGUGUCAUCCACUGUUUCUGGGUAAAAAUUAAAAUCAUGCCAUGUUCAAAAUUUUUGUCAGAUAAAAAUAUAUUAAGGAUAACGUUUGAUAAGUUUUAUCACAUUUUCGCUUGAAAAUUAAGUGUACCUUAAAAAAAAAAACUGACAGAAACUAUUUGCAAAUUACCAGUAUUGCCUUAAUUACAGUGUGACUGUGACUUUAUUGAAUUUUUGAGGCUUCCUGUCUUUUACAUAUUAAAAAGUCUGAAAGGAAUUUGAUGGUAUUUAGAUAAAGAAUUGACCGUUUGUGUAUAUUGUGUUUGAAGGUAUGGUAUGGACUGCCAAAGAUUACGAAACUACCAUCUUUCUACGUUGUAUUAUACGCAUUUCAUUUUUUGUAUGAUUUUAUGUGAUUUAUGAUUCGAUUACGAGAUUCCAAUUUGAUUAGUUCAUUCCAAUUAAGAGGCAUUUAAAUUAGAAAUUAUUUUUUUUUUAGUUUUAUUUAAUAUAAGUUAUGUGGUUAUGAUUUCACGGUUGAUAUGGCAAAUAUUAGUCUAUCGUUUCGCCAUAAACGUAAAUAAAUUGUUAUAGUAUUUCAAUUUUUUAAUUUGAUUUUGUUUACUAUACGGAUCUCAAUUGAAUAUGCGAGUGGUUUGCUAUGUUAUAUUUAUAAAGUUUUAUAUGUUUGCUUUAUUGAUAUAGGGUAUAUAUUAAAUGUUAAGAUACUUAACACACCCAGUAGUAUUUUUGCACCAACUAGUAAUUUGAUAAAACGUAGUAAUUUUAUCGCAAAACGAUCAAGUAAUUAAAAUUAAGGAUUUAAUUGAAGUACAAUACAAAUAUGAUUGGUGCGUAAUUUAUAUUGAGAGAAUGGUUUUGUGCUAAUAUAUUGAUGUACGGUUAGCUUAGCUGUUUAGCGUAUAUGAAUAUUUCUUAUCAAAUAAGAAUCUUAUGCCUUAACCGAAAUAUCAUAUCGUUAUUGUAUUAACAAUGCAAACGUUUAAGUCUACAUUUAUUGAAUGGGAUUGUUUUUCACGUUGUAAAUUCGUAUUUACAAGGCAAUUUCGGUAUUUCGUAGCUACAAGGCAAUUAUACAACCAUCUUUAUCGUGGCGGUUAAUAAUUGCAAGCAAUAUAAUAACACAAAAUAUUGUAUGAGAAAACGUGCAUAGUUUUCCUAGUUACUUUCUCAACCGCAAAGCGUCUGAGCCUAGGUUUCGCUAUACAUUCUUUAUUCAUUUAGUAAAAGUUAAUUUGUUCUGAAUCCGAUAAUUUUUGCCUAUAUGAUAGUACAAAGACAUUACAUUAUACAAGUUAAAGUUAUAAUCCUUCUCCCUCAGCCGUAUGGUUAUGAAGUACAAAAUAUAUAAUGUACAAGUACUUCUACAUAGCAAUGCAAUUUAUUACUAUAAUUGAAGUGAGAAACAAUCCCUAUUAGUUGUAAUUUUUCGACUGUAUUUUGAGGCUUUUUUGUGUAUUUAAUUGGAUAAAUGAUAAAUUUUAAAAGACAUUUUAUUCAUCCAAUGGAGAGUGAAACAAAUGUAUUAUUAGUGGCCAGAUGUAUGUAAAAGAAGGCUUAGUUUUUAAUACGCGAAAUGUUUCUGAUUAAUUUUUUUACAAGUGAUUAUUGAUUGUGAAAAAUAUAUUUGUUCAGGAGUUGUAUAAGAUUAUGAAGCCAACUUUUAAAAUAUUUUUUAUGAGAGUUAGCUAAGUUGGUAGCCAUUACCGAAUUUAUAUGCACAUACGAUUUUAUCAUUCCAAAGAUGUUAUCGAUUUGAAAAGACUGCAGUUUCUGUUUUUUAUUAUUAUUAUACAAUUAUGCUCUAAAUCGCUAACUCUUUUUCUGCAUUUCUUACUUUCACGUACUAACAUCUUUUCAUACAAAAUUAAUGUUUUUAACUCCAUUUAAUGUUUUAAUUACAAAGGCAGCUUAUUGUGAGUUUUUAAAUAGUAUUUAAUCAUUUUCUGCUCAUGUUUUUGUCCGUCUGGUUAUCAGGAUGACACGAUGUAAGUGUCAUCCUGAUUACAUGAUGCACUAUUGUUUGCUGAGUAGUGUCAACUUCAUUAUAAUAACAGAUUAUACAGACAGACAGAGCUUGUUUAAACCGUAGCUCGUAAAAGUAGAUGGAUCUCUAUGUGUUGGUAAUAGUGACGAAUUUGCAAUGAAUUUGGCUAGUUCGAUGGGCAGAACUACUGAUUGAGUUAACUAUACAGAAUUAUUAUUAUUAUUACCGCCCAAUUGUGGCUUUGUUAUUUCUCUCACAAUUUCCCGGUAUAAAAAAGUCCUAAGUCAGCGCAAAGAUUAUUUAAUUUUGCCUUCUUUGUACAUUUUUUAUUUAUUCACCGUAUUUUUGUAGGUAUAUGAAUUUGUAAACAAUUGGAAACUCAUUUAUGCCACAUUAUAGACAAGUAUUUUUUUUUAAAUUUAAUAACAUAUCAUUGUGAUACGUUUGACGCUAUGAAGCAAACAAUAAACUAUUCUACAUUGUGCCAACAGAGCACCGUGGUCUAAUCAACUCUGGUCAUUUUCUCUAUGUUAAUUCUACGCUUUUUAUUGUUAUCAUUUUUUGAGCUUUAAAAUUGCGAGUACAAUUCAAAUAUAAGUGAUUAAGAUAGAUUAAUAUAUGGUUUAAAGCUAUAGCAAAUAUUUAUUGGCUUGGUGCUUGGGUACUUUUGUGUAGUUUAUAUUGUAAGCUGGUUUUAAUGUAUCUGUAGUGUAGACAGAGAAAACGAUAGACAUCGUCUUAUAUCUUCUAUUUCCCAUGUUUAAGAAAGAGAAACACGUAUUAGAAAUACGUGAGAAGAAACGGGACAGCGCUAAAAUAUUUUGUCUAUCAUCAUGUACUAGUUUUAAAAGCGCAGCCUACCGCGACUUGGGUAGGGGUAUUGAAUAGUCCUAUCUCAUGUGGCUACGCUAACCCUGUGUCUAUAUUUUUUCCUUGUCUUUGAUCUGUAGUCUUACGAUCUCCGAUUCCCAGUAUUUUUGUCUCAACUAAUACACGAGUGAAUGUUUUUUUGCAAUUAUGUUCCUAUUUGUUGAAAGAAUGAGUGUUGACAUGCUUUCUUUUUAAAUUUGAAACUACUAUCGUCCUACGAUUUGCCAUUUUAAUUUUCUAGUCUUCAUUUGUAUAUAUUAUAACGAUACUAAUUGAUACAGUGCCUUGCUUUUCCUUUGCUUUUCUCCUUGCCAUUUUAAACAGAAACGUUAUAAUCAGUCCUAACACCUAAUCCAGUUAUAAUUAAAAUUAAAAAGAUACUGAUUUUUAUUAUAUCCAUUAAAUUGUUUUCUUGAUUUUUUUUUAUCAAAUCUCAAUUACAUCUCGAAAGCAACAUGAUUUAUUCUUAAAGAAUGAUUUCAAUGUCGAUUGCAAUUUUUUUGAAACUAUUUAAGAUAUGUACUUUUUUGUAUGUACUUACAAUGUUUUCUCUACUUAAAAUAAAUUUCUUAUUGGUA